CGCAAACCGAACAGUCGGUCACUUCAUUCGACCUCCUCAGUACCUAUGCAUGGUGUUUUGUUGUCGGUUGUUUGGGACCACCACCGCCCUAGAUGUUAGUCUUGUCUUCGACAUUCAGGUUGACUACGCCUUAGAUAUCUCUCUUCCGUGACUGUAAGUGACGCCACGCUGUGCCCGGAUGCUACUGUACUUGUAGUACGUAGGCAAAGAGAAUCUGUGGCGGCACGUAGGUUCAUGUUUCGAAGGAGGUGGCGUCUGAUGUUGCCUGCUCAAGAGUGAAGCGGACCCGUUAGCUUCCUCCCCGUUCAUCUCAAACUCAUGUGGCUACCUUACCCAGUACUUCGGCUUGGACGCGGGUUGGCCGUUAACCGAUAAUACCCGGCUGAUCUAACGGGACCCGACUCGUGCACUCUCCACAGUGGCUACUUCCCGUAAUCUUCCCGCCCGGUCCAGAUGGUUUAUGGGCCAGGAGUUGGGGGGCCAGGUGGGGUCAACCGCUCCGGUUCCCCAUGUCCGGAUGUCCCCGGAUCCCGCGAUGCCGCACCUGUUUUGGUGCCUGUCUUGUGGAUGCGGGUGCAAAGGCCAAGGAGGCGGAGGCCGGGACCGGGAGGUUGUCCUUGAUCACCAACCUUGAUCACCAUGAAUCAUCACUGAACCAUGAGCAUGGGUCCCGAAGCACUCCCGUCGCCAUGUCGGGCGUGGCUACGGACACGGUUACCGAGACAAUUAUUGAGUCUGCACCCCAGCGGCACCUCACCCGUGCGAAGGCUGCCUCUUUGGGUCACCUACCCCAGAAAGACCAGCUUAUCGUCAUCACUCUCGCUCUCGCUAGGUUGAGUGAACCGCUUGUCCACACCUCUCUUCAGUCCUAUAUGUUCUACCAGCUGCAGUGGUUCAACCCCGACCUUCCUGACUCUACUAUUGCCGGCCAGGCUGGCAUUCUUCAGUCAGUCUUUCUCCCAAUGGUGUAUCAAGCAUAUAUUCCAUGGAUCGCCGCCGUAGCGACAUGUUAGCGGUCGCCGUUGCGGAUCUGCAAUUCCAAAUCAGUGCCAAUUUUAUAGCUGCCCAAUUUCUUACCGCUAUGCUGUGGGGGUGAGUUGCCGACUCUCCUCGGUGUGGCCGCAAAAUCGUGCUUUUGAUCGGUCUCGGUGGUAUAAGUACGUUUCUGGUAACUGCUUCAGCCGAUGCUCUCAUCAUUCAAGAGUUAAGAGUUUUGGUCACUGUUUCCGUGCUUCUGCUAAAGGUAACUUUUCAAAGUGCUAUUGUGCCUCGGCUUCGGCCUCUCUACUUCGUUCUGGGAAGCUCUUCUCUUUAGGUCUUUGGGUGGAAUGACGAAUGGGAACAAAGUCGUUCUCAGAACCAUGAUUAGUGAAACUGUCAAGGAGAAGAAGUAAAUUCACCUCUCUAGCCCGGGACCUUUGUCCUUCUUUCCCACCGACCCUAAACAAUGUAAUGGGUAUGAUUGAUACCAAUCCAGGGCCUUUCCGCUACUUCCUAUGACUUUCACCACUGGCAUCAUUAUUGGUCCUAUACU